GGUGGAGAAAUCCAAAUAACUCGCGCAGCCUCUCGACGCUGCGCAUCGCUGCACCUGUCAGCGCAGCGGCUAAUAAUAACGCGGACAGCUACUCAACUUGAUUUUUCUUCAAAUAUUGUGAAGCCGCCUUGACUUUUGAGAGCAGUACUAUGAAGGCUGACUUGGAGGCAGGGAGUUGCGGUGCUGCAAUCCAUUGUCGUGAUGUGUGUCGUUCAUAUGGCAAACUUAAAGUCCUCAGCAAUCUCAACCUGACACUCCCUCAGGGCCAAAUUUAUGGGCUGCUAGGGCCAAGUGGCUGUGGGAAGACCACACUGUUAAAAUGCAUUGUGGGAACUCUGAAGAUCUCUCGUGGACACAUCACAGUGCUGGGCAAACCACCUGCUUUCCCAGGACAUGAAGUGCCAGGAAGGAUGGUGGGAUACAUGCCACAGGACAUAGCUCUAUACAAUGAGUUCACUAUUAGCAACACACUAUGGUUUUACGGUCGAAUCCAUGGACUCUCAUCCAAAGAAACCGAAGCCAGGAUGAAUUUCCUCAUCGACUUCCUGAACCUGCCACAGAAAAACAGCCUUGUUGGAAAUCUCAGUGGAGGCCAGCGGCGUCGUGUCUCUCUUGGAGCUGCUCUUCUUCAGAACCCACAACUUCUGAUUCUGGAUGAGCCCACUGUGGGAGUGGACCCUGUUCUAAGGGCCAAGAUAUGGCAGCACCUGGUGGACAUUGUAAGAGGAGGACAGGUGUCUGUUAUUAUUACAACACAUUACAUCGAGGAGGCCAGUCAAGCCAAUACAGUAGGUUUGAUGAGGAAUGGUCAAUUGUUAGCUGAAGGUCCUCCAGAUGCUGUUAUGAAGCAACACAAUGCUGCAACAUUAGAGAGUGCCUUUUUGCAACUUUGCGAGGACUCGGAUCAGAUCGGGCCCAAACAGAGUCCUCAGGGCCGUCUGCCUGACAGCAGCCCAUCUCCAGACAGUUUGAGAGAUGAGAGCCGAGAGCCCAUACUGGCAAAGAGCCCAUUAGAAGAAAUGCCCAAAUAUAAAGCUGACUGGAAGGUGCGGGCCAGACACGUCAUACCAAAAUGGCGCAACAUCGCAGCACUGAUGAUCAAGACAAUGGUCCGAAUGAAAAGAACGCCAGGGUCCCUCUGUUUCCAGUUCCUGUUGCCUGUAAUUCAGAUCAGUCUGAUGUGUCUGUGUAUUGGCGGGGAUCCCAAAGACAUUGAUGUAGCUGUGGUAAAUAAUGAAAGCAGCCCCAGUGCCUACAGCAAAUCAUUGCUGUCCUUCCUCGACAACACAAGCGUCCACCAGGUGAACUUGUCUCAUUCAAAGGCUUUUGCUGGCAUCCAUAAUGGGGAAUAUUGGGGCGUCAUAGAGUUUGGGGAGAAUUUCACCAGCUAUCUAACCAAAAGGAUGUUGCAGCCCCGAGUCUCCAGAGAUGUGAUUGAGGGAGGAUCCGUACAUGUUUGGCUUGACCUGACCAAUCGACAGAUUGCCAUAAUGCUACAGAAAAAACUCCAUGAAGCCUUUGAGGCUUUUAUUGAGACAAAGCUGGGGAGUUUAUCAUACAUGGUUGAUGACCCUAUAAAAUUUGAGGAACCUAUAUAUGGCAGCUUGAAUACAGAUUUUACGACAUUUGUGACACCAGGAGCCGUUCUGAGCAUCACCUUUUACCUGGCAGUGGGUUUGACUGCUCUGUCCUUUGUGUUAGAGAGAAAGGAGGGGCUGCUUGACAGGUGCUGGGUGGCAGGUGUAAGUUCUCUGGAGACCAUGCUGGCCCACCUCUUCUCACAGCUCUUUGUCAUCAGUGUUCAGAUCAUCCUUCUGCUGAUCUUCAUCCUGCUGGUCUUUAAAAUUCCUAAUGAAGGAUCUCUGGCUCUGGUCAUUUCAUUGAUUGUGCUGCAAGGUGUGACCGGAAUAUCUUUCGGACUGGUCAUUUCCUCUGCCAUCGACGACGAGCAGUCAGCCAACCAGGCGGCUCUUGGAAUCUUCUACCCCAACCUCAUAAUCAGUGGUGUUAUCUGGCCGGUUGAGUGUAUCCCGUAUCCUCUGCGUUAUUUGAGUGUAGUCCUACCUCAGACCUAUGCAUCUGAGUCCCUGCGCUGCAUCAUGUAUAGAGGUUGGGGUUUGUCCCGUAUGAUGGUUUGGCGAGGCUUUGCAGUCACUCUGGGCUGGAACACAUUCUUCCUCAUGCUGGCAACUGUCAUUCUCAAGCUGAGAACAUGAGAGGCUCUGCCAAAUAAAGGUGCUUCAGACUGGGGAUAGUGGUGUCAGGCGAGGCCAAGGAUUCAUCUGACCAGGCUUCUCUUGCUCUCUUGCAUAGAGGCCUAUGGGUUGUCUGCCUUUACAAAAUGGAUGAAAAAUAAAUGACACAUGGAUCUGCCAAUCUGAGCCUCUCUCUCUUUUAAGGACUGGCCAAUGAGGUUUCCCCUCCUGAGGACCAUCAGCAUGAAAUUCUGAACCAGCUAAAAGACUUCACUCUAACUAUUCCAGCACUGCAUCUGUCAAACAGCUGGAACAUUAUUUUUUUUUUUAAGCAUACUGUUGGAACUUUCCAUGCUCGUCUAUGGAACUCUUUUUCUGCUGGUUUAUAUAAUGCAGAAUAACGGGGGGCCUGGAUAGCUCAGUGGUAAAGACCACCCCUGGAGUUCGCGAGUUCGAAUCCCAGGGCGUGCUGAGUGACUCCAGCCAGGUCUCCUAAGCAACCAAAUUGGCCUGGUUGCUAGGGAGGGUAGACUCACACAGGGUAACCUCCUCGUGAUCGCUAUAAUGUGGUUCGCUCUCGGUGGGGCACGUGAUAAGAUGCGCGGGUUGAUGGUCUCAGACGUGGAGGCAGCUGAGAUUCGUCCUCCGCCACCCGGAUUGAGGCGAGUCACUACGCCACCAUGAGGACUUGGACAUUCCAAAUUGUGAGAAAAAGGGGAGGAAAAAAAAUUUGUAUAUAUAUAUAUAUAUAUAUAUAUAUAUAUAUAUAUAUAUAUAUAUAUAUAUAUAUAAUGCAGAAUUAAUUUAUUGACUAGGUCUUUGUGUGCCUGAGGUUCGUUGUGUACUGUAUGUUCUACAUGCCUUGUUUGUGCCAGUAAACCUUAGAUAGCGUACAACCUAAUUACACCAACAUUGCUCUGGAGAAACCUACAAUGUUGCCCACCCCUGUACCCUCUCAUCCUGAACAGAAAGGACAUUGAUGAGUGACUAUUCUUCUCUGGUCAAUAUAGGGCACAAUAGUGUUUUUCCAUAUUGCUGCUUAUUCAUUGUUUUUAUGAUAAAUGUUUUAAGAAGUUAACAGUUGGGGUGUUAAUCAUCCAUCAAAUGCCAUAAAGAAAAUGAAGGAAGAAAGGCAAUGUUUACAUUUGAGCACAAAGCAGGUUUAAAGUUAAACCGGUGAUCUUGCUGAACAGAAAACAGAAGUUUAGUCUACCAUUUUAUUCCUGUUUAACUAUAUUCAAAGGCCGCACUAACUGCAUCACAAUGCAAGGACAUAUGCUGAGUUAUUUGGAAUGGUAAGUAUAGUUGUAUGAAUAUUUUAGUGUGCAAUACUUGAUGAAGAGAAUGCAUAACAUUUAUAAAAUUAUAUUGGUUUUGGGAAUAUAUCUUAGGUGUGUGUAUCACUGUCCUUCUAAAACUUCAGCCAGUUUGUUGUGUUUACAUAUUUAACUUUAGGAUAUUUGAUUUCAACCUUUUCCUUUGUUUGCCAGGUCCACAUUCUGGUUUGGUUUAAUUGUGUCAACCCUACAAAUUCUCCGAUUUUUUUUUUUUAUAAACUACCUGCAGAUUUGUUUCUAAUGUACAGUAUGUCAGAUGUCUGUUAUAACUGUAUAUUUAACAAUUAAUUAAAAACCAACCUGUGAAAAACAGUUUUUAAAUUACAAUUUAAACAGCAACAUAUUAAAAUUGACAAAAAAUUACUCAAUUAAGACUUAUUGAACAGUGUAUACCUACAUUGAUUUACUAACAUUACUGUCAUAUCAAUGAACUGGUAACUGUUCUGAAUAAUUAUGCCCAGAAUAAACAUUGGAAUUUUAUAGUAUGAUUUCAUAGAACAUUAACUGACAUCUGAUUUUAGGACUAAAGCUUUGUUGGUUCUAGAUUUUCUUUGUCUGGCUGUGGCUCAGGGUGUGCCAUUUUGAGUGCAUGUCACUUUUACACAAAACCAUUAUUUUCUACCUCUGGAAAUGUUGCAUAAAAUGUCCUUUUAUGUUGCUGACAUGUUCUCAUUGUAAGAAGAAAUAAUGACCAAUUUUUCAUCAAUAAACAUUUGUAAUAAGAUA